AUGACCUAACUGGAAAGCCUCUGUGUCGUCACUUCUCAUUUCUUAUUUGAAAUCAGCAAACUGGAUUCAGUAGACAUGAACUUAAGCCUCAUGAAAGUGGGGGUUUGGUCUGUUUUGCUCACUGCAAUACCUCCAGGGCCUAGCAGCAUGACUGGCACAUAUUUGUUCAAAGUGAAUACUCACACCUUCACACCCUCCCUAGAGAGCUGUUCUUGUAGGCCUCUCAAAUGUAGGAUUUAGGGAAGUCAAGUUAAAAAAAAUUAAAACGGUUCAGCAUCACCCACAGGUGAGGCUAUUCUGCAAAAUAUGUUAAUUGCCUUGAGGUAUGUUUCCUCUGGACAAAACGUAUUUCCACAGACACAAAUCAAAGGUGUUUAUUAAGUGCUGUGUGCCCUGUUUCUGGAUUCCCAGUCAAGUGGGACACCAGACGUCAUAACACAAGAAGGAAGUUCUGCGAAGCAAAAUGAGGGCAGCAGCGGCAAACCAGUUUCACCAGGUUCCGCCUUUUCUCGUUCACUUCCGCCCUUCCCAGUUCCUGAGCACACAGGUGGGGCCGCAUUCUGCCUGACAGGAAAGGGCGGGUCGCAGGGUUCCCCAAACUUCCGGCGCGCAGCAAGGCGGCCUCGCUAGUGGUUCUAACGCGAGGCGCGCGAGCGGCUGGAUGAUGUCACGGAAUGGGGGGAAAAGAGGGCGGCACUCGAGUGGGUGCGCAUGCGCAAGAAGGUGCCUGCCCGACUGGAGCAGAGCAGGCUGAGAGGGUCUUCCCAGCGCAGGCGGGAUUUCCAGUGUUACUUGCGGCUGGGCGUUGGGGACUUGCUGCCUUUCUGGCAGCAGGCAGGAAGCCGCAAAAAGUUUCUGAGCCCGCGAACCUGUAGCGGACGUGGAAAAAGAACGCCCCUCCUCAAGUGUCUGGCUUAAAGAUGCCACCCAGGGAAGGGAACUCUGGCUAGCUAAGGAGGCCAUUCUUGAUGUUGCUUCUAGAUCUCAUGUCGUCACCGAGACCUCAGCUGCUGGUGGCAGCUGCUCAGCAGACCCUUGGCAUGGGAAAGAGACAGAGUCCACCCCAAGCCAUCUGCCUUCACUUAGCUGGAGAGGUGCUGGCUGUGGCCCGGGGACUGAAGCCAGCUGUGCUCUAUGAUUGCAACUGUGCAGGGGCAUCAGAGCUCCAGAGCUAUCUGGAGGAGCUGCAGGGGCUUGGCUUCCUGACCUUUGGACUUCACAUCCUUGAGAUUGGAGAAAACAGCCUGAUUGUCAGUCCUGAGCAUGUAUGUCAGCACUUGGAGCAGGUGCUGCUUGGUACCAUAGCCUUUGUGGAUGUUUCCAGUUGCCAGCCUCACCCUUCUGUCUGCUCCUUGGACCAACUUCAGGACUUGAAGGCCCUCGUGGCUGAGAUCAUCACACAUUUGCAGGGGCUGCAGAGGGACUUAUCUCCCUCUGCAGUCUCCCACAGCAGGCUGCAUUCCUCAGACUGGAAUCUCUGUACUGUAUUUGGGAUCCUCCUGGGCUAUCCUGUCCCCUAUACCUUUCACCUGAACCAGGGAGAUGACAACUGCUUAGCUCUGACUCCACUACGAGUGUUCACUGCCCGGAUCUCAUGGUUGCUAGGUCGACCCCCAAUCCUGCUCUAUUCCUUUAGUGUCCCAGAGAGCUUGUUCCCAGGCCUGAGACACAUUCUAAACACCUGGGAGAAGGACCUCAGAACCCGUUUUAGGACUCAGAAUGACUUUGCUGAUCUCAGCAUCUCCUCUGAGAUAGUCACACUGCCGGCUGUGGCCCUCUGACUUUUACUCUCCUCUCACAUAGAAGGUACUCAGUAAAUGAUCAUCUCUAGGUUGGGGAUGGCAAAUAAUCAUCUCAACUGCCAAUUCCAAGUGUCUUGAGUACACUAAGGCACAAUGCUCUAACCAAUUGGCUGCAAAUGCAAAGGGCAUGUAAAUAGGUAGUGGUGGUGCUAGUAGCAAAUUGGUAGAUAGUACCUACUUGCCAUUUCUAUGCUAGGAAGUCCUCUUAGUGGAUAUGCUUUCAUUUUCACUGGAUAAGAGGUAGAAGGAAAGAGGUGAUAGAGGAAAAGCAGGGUGGUGGAAGACAAGCCAAACACUCUUGCAUGGUAACCGUCUAAAUAUACCUGCUCUAUGUGGGUGCUGUCUGCUAGGAAAGUAGGGCUGGGGGUUUCUCUGCGUGUUUAUAUGCGUGCAACUGAAUUUGAGGAGAGUAGACCACCAGUAUGCUUAAAUAUGUGAUACUUGUUAAUGUAAUACACCUUUCAGGAAUAAACUGAGAGUUCUGAGGAACA